AUGGCCACCCCAGACACACCAUCUCAGCCCGACAGGCGGCGCAUCUUCCUCAAUGCCUUUGACAUGUUCACCGUUGGCCAUAUGUCCUACGGGCAGUGGCGCAACCCGAAGGACAAGUCGGCUACGAAGCGCCGCGACCUGUCGUACUGGACCGACCUCGCCCGGCUGCUUGAGCGCGGCGACUUCAACGCCCUCUUCCUGGCCGACACGUACGGCUGGUUCGACGUCUUCCGGGGCGAUGCUGAGGCGUGCGUGCGCACGGGGACACAGUUCCCCAUGGGUGACCCUGCCGUCCCCGUGGCUGCUAUGGCGGCGGUCACGAAGAACCUGGGGUUUGCCAUCACGAGCUCGACUUCCUUUGACGCGCCUUAUGUGCUGGCCAAGCGCUUCUCGACGCUCGACCAUUUGACCCGGGGGCGGUUUGGGUGGAACGUCGUCACUUCCUGGAAGGCUUCUGGGUUCAAGGCUAUUGGUAUUGAACCAAUUCCUCAUGACAAGCGAUAUGAAAUUGCAGACGAGUAUCUUCGGGUGCUUUACAAGUUGUGGGAAGGGUCAUGGGCAAAUGAUGCCUUGGUCGAAGAUAGAGACAAAGAGAUCUAUGCAGACUACCAAAAAAUACGCACUAUACAUCACAAGGGUGAGCACUUCACUAUCGAGGCGCCGCAUAUCCUCGAUCCCAGCCCACAGCGAACACCCUUCAUCUUCCAGGCCGGUACUUCACCCGCUGGAAUUCAGUUCGGCGCAACGCAUGCAGAGGGUAUCUUCGUUGUCGGCCUGACGCCAGACAUCGUCGCUUCACGCGUUAAAGCCAUACGUGCCAAGGCGGCCGAGAUGGGUCGCGACCCAGGCUCCAUCAAGGUCUUCGCCUCGAUUACACCCGUCCUCGGUCGCACGCGCGAGGAGGCCGAGGCCAAGUACCAGGAGGCCCUUCGGUACACUAGCGAGGAGGGUGCGAUGGCAUAUUGGUGCGGGAACAGCGGCAUUGAUCUGAGUAAGUUCGACCCUGACAAGGUAAUCACGGAGCAGACUCCGGGAGAAGGCGACAAUGUGGCGGAUGUAAGAAUCCAGUCGCUGGUGGCCAACCUGGCUUACAGGGGCGAAGGGGUUCCUGAGUGGACGCCGCGGAAUAUUGCCAAGGCCGUUGCGCUAGGCGCGUCGGGUCCGGUGCCUGUGGGCACGGCGGAGGAUGUUGCCGACGAGAUGGAGAGGUGGAUUGAGGUCGCGGACGUUGAUGGCUUUAAUGUCGGACACAUCACCACGCCGGGGACAUGGGAAGACGUGGUCGAGCUGUUGGUGCCUGAGCUGAGGAGGAGGGGAAGAUAUGCACCUCAAGGCGAGUCGGGUACAAUGAGAGAAAGGAUUUAUGGUCCUGGCCAGUCGGCCUUGAGAAGUGAUCAUCCGGGGUCCAGAUAUAAAUAUGACGUGUACAGAGAGUAA